AUGGACGGGACGGGCACGGGCGGCACGGCCGUCGCUUGGGUGGGCGCUGCAGUGGCGGCCGGGAUGCACGCGCAGUGCGCCGACGCGGUCAAGCGUGCCGCAGCGACGCAGCCACUCCUGCAGACUGACCAGGGCGGCGCUGUCACUGCCUCUGACCUGGCGGCCAGCAUCACCAGCGGCAACCCCUUCGGAUCCGCAGCCUGCGCUGCGACGGGGCAAGCAAAGUGCGCUGCUGCUGCUGCUGCUGCUGCUGCUGCUGCUGCUGCUGCCGCCACAUCGCGCCACGCGUCGCCGCCAGAAGGGAGCGCUGACACGCACCCCGCCGGCGACGGCUCAGACGGGCCUACCCAGGCGCUGGAGCUGCAGGCGGCCCUGCAGGGCGUCCCGGCGGAGCUGCAGGUCUGCGCCAACUCCAACGCGGGCCUCUACCUGGUGGAACGCCGCGCAGUCAAGUGCAUGUGCACCGGCUGCGGCGCGGUGCGGCGGGACCCGCGCUGCGCUGAGUACGUCGUGUCGCCGACCGAGUUUGAGCGGCACUCGGGUAUCCCCGCCGCGAAGAAGUGGCGCUUCAGCAUCAAGGUGGCGCACCCCGGCGAGCCCGCCAUCUCCCUGGGCCGCUGGCUGGAGAUCAAGGGCCUCGACCACAAGCACCCCAAGCGCGGCCACGCCUCGGGCCGCGCCAGCCCUUCUGGCGCCGCCGGGCCGCGCCCGCGCGCUCAGGCUCAGGGCUCUGCGGCCGCGGACGCCGCCUCCGCCGCUCUGCCGCCAUGCGGUGAUAGGGGCGGGAGCCCCGAUGAGGCAGUCGGCGCCGCCGACGAGGCGGCGCGCCGGCUGGGCCUGGAGCUGGCCAGCGGCCGCGUCGACGGCGUCGUGCAGCUGACACGCGUCGUGUCGCCCUCCAAGCAGCAGCAGGCGCACGCGGCGGAGGCGCACGCCCCCACGGGCCUGACCGCAGCGCCCACGGUCGCGCACGAGCCGCCCGCGCUCGUCGUCUGGGGUGCCACGGCGCCCGCCGCUGCGCCCGCCUCUGCAGGCGACACUGUGGCGGAGGCGCCCACGGCUCCCCAGCGCAAGCGGCCGAUGACCGGCGCCGCCGCCGCGCGCCCGCCGAGGCUGGACGUGCCGGGCGAGGCCGUGUUUGACGCGGCCGGGGGCGCUGCCGGCCAGGGUGCGGAGGAGGGCGAGGGCGGGGAGGACGACGACAGCAAGUGGAUGCAGUCGCCCCGCAAGCUGCGCACGCCGCGGGGGCUUCCUGGCGCCGCAGUCACUACUUCGGCCCGCGGGGCGGCGGCGGCGGCGGCGGGCGCAGGCGCAACUGCUCAGGCCGCGGGCGGCGAGGACGGCACGCCCCUGGCCGCGGCUGGCGCUGGCCCCGCGCCGGCCGCUCCCGGAGAGGCCGGGGAGGGGGAGGAGGAGGAGGAGGGCAUCCGCAUCGGCGCCGAGUUCCAGGCCGCCCUGCCGCCCUGGCGGCCGCGCCCCUCCCUGCGCUGCGCCGACCCCGCCGAGAAGGCGGCGGCGGCGGCGGCGAUCGCGGCAGACCUCGCGCGGGCAGGGAUGCAGGGGCCGAGCGAGGCGCACGCGCUGCUGUUUGUCGUGCAGGAGAGGGCGCGCGCCGACCUGCUGCCCCCUGAUGCGACGGAGGACCUCUGGGAGCGCCGCGAGCCGGCCCUGGCGCUUGAGCGCAGCCAGCGCCAGCGCCGCGCGCCGGGCUGGAUGCAGGGGGAGACGUACGUGCACCAGCUCGCGGGCGCGGGCAGCGGCGGCGGCGGCAGGGGCGGCGGCGACGACGACGAGGACGGCGGCAACAGCAGCGACCCUGGGGCCGCGGCUGCCGCUCUGCAGCAGCAGCUCAUCGCGCAGCAGGCGGCGGCGGCGGCAGCGCUCCAGCAGCAGCAGCAGCAGCAGCGCGCGCGCAGCAGCCUCAGCCAGGCAAGCAGCGGCAUGGUGCAGCUGCACCAGGCGCUCGCGGCGGCGCUCGCACAGCCGGGCGCGCCGCACAUGAUCGAGUGGCGCACCGAUGAGGGGCGGCAGUCUAUGGAGGUGGCCAUGGUGCUGGGCGGCCAGGUCUACGUUGGGCGGCUCUCCACCAGGGGCCCGCUCGCCAAGUGGCUGCCGCCCACCGCGCUGCAGCAGGCGCAAGCUGCGGCCGCCGGGGCGGGCAUGCCGGCGGCAGCGGCCCCGCCCGCCGCCGCCCCGCCGCCCGCUGCGGCAGCGCCGGCCGUGCCGCCGCCAGCUGCGUCAGCGGCGCCUGCUACUGUGGCGGCGCAGGUGGCGAAGGCAGUUGUGCAGCAGGCGCCUGUUGCGGUGAAGCAGGAGCCCGCCUCCGCGCCGAGCCACGACCGGCCCCCCGCCUCGGAGCAGCCGCAGCGCCGCUGCACGCUGUGCCAGGGCGGCGGCGACGCGGGGCUGGGCCCCUUCAUGCCGGUCCAGAUCCAGAACGGGCAGCUGGAGUGGGUGCACCGCGACUGCGCACUCUGGUCGCCAGAGGUGUCUGUCGACAGCACCGGACGGCUGCUGAGCCUGGCGGCUGCCGUCCGCCGCGGGAUGGACACAGGCUGCACACAGUGCGGGCGGCGCGGCGCAACGCUGUCGUGCUGGUGCGCACGCACGUGCGGCCACGAGCUGCACCUGCCCUGCGCCCGCAAGAUGGGCUGUCACCUCUCGGAGGGCGACGACGAGCGCUUUGACGGCCGCCGCCUCGUGGCCUGCCCGGCGCACUGCCCCACCUCCCCCGGCUUUGACCUGGAGGCGCUGCGCAGCGAGCGCGACGCGCGGGACACCCAAAUCAAGGAGGGCGCCGCCGCCGCAACCGCCGCCGCCGCGGUCGCGCUGGCAGCCGCCGUACCCGGGGCCGCGGCGACAGCGUUGGGGGCAGCAGCGGCGGCUGGGGGCCGCAUGGCUGACGAUGAGAUGGAGGCGGCUGAGCUGCUGACGGGCAUCAAGUGCGGUGGCCCCCACAGCCAGGACGCGUCGCCAGUGGCUCGCGCGCGCCGGGCCGCGCACGCGGCCUCGACCGCGGCGGCGCCGGCAGCGGCGGGGGGCAAGCGGCGCCGCAGCUUGUCCGGUGAGGGCUCGGCGGUGGCCGCCAGCGCCGCGGCGAGCGAGGAGGAGGACGCUGACGAGGGCGGCCUCGCGCACCAACACCACGGCAUGGGUGCGGCCGCCAAGCGGAGGGCGACCCACUCGGCCCCCGCGCCGCUGCUGGCGCCGGCCUCCUCAUUGGCGAGCGGCCAGGUGCUGGAGGCUGCGGGGGACGCAUGCCUGCUGGCUGGCGGCGCUGUCGGCGGCGUGCCCGCCGACCUGCUGCAGCGCCUGCAGCAGUUGGCGGCGGCCGGCGACACCGCGACCGCAGCCGCAGCUGGGGCCGGAGGCGGCUCGGGCGCCGGGCUCCUGCACACGCUGCAGCCCGCCCUGCUCGGCCCGGGCGGCGGCGCGGCCGCGUUUGGCGCGCUGCUCGGCGGGGGCAGCGGCGGCCUGCCCGACGCGUGCGCGCUCGGCGAGGCGUUUGGCGCGGCCGGCGCCGUGCUGGGCGGAACGACUGGGCAGCAGGGGCGCCCGGGGCGCUGCGCCGUGUGCGUGGUGCAGCGCAAGGGCAAGUGUGGGACCGACUCUGCCCCCAAGAAGUGCAUGCGGCGCCAGCAGGCGCUGCUUGACGCGGCCGCGCUGGAGCAGAAGCUGCGGCAGCAGCUGGCCGCGCAGCAGGACCAAGCCCUGCUGGAGCAGCUGCAGCUGGUGGCGCGCCAGGAGCACGCCGCACACAUGAGGCAGCACCAGGAGCCGCAGACCACCUAG